AUCUCCGUCAACAACAACAUCAACUGUUAGCGUACCAAGAACAACGUCCCAAACCACUGCCCCCGCAGCUUUGUUUAGGCCAUGUACUGAGAGCUCUGGCUGUUUAACUACCGGGGCUUCUUGCAGAAGAAGGGGCUGUGACGGUCUGAUUUGCUACUGUGACCUAGGUUUUCUACCCAGUUACGAUUUUACCUUUUGCGAACCAGCUGCCGUCUUAAACGAGACUUGCGUGACACGAUGUAGUGGAUUGCACACUGUGUGUGAUAGGAAUACCGAGAAGUGUGUAUGCGAGCAAGGCUUCUCACCGAGCGCUGGUGAUAAAGACUGUACUGAGGAUGGAAAAGCUCUCUUGGAAGAGCCGUGCAAUGUUGACAAUUGUGCCCUUUCAACUGAACAGACUUGUGUAGAAGGACAAUGUAAAUGCAUAAGUGGAAAACGCAAAGCAACAAUAGCAGAGCUUCGCGCAUACCCUGACGUUGACCUUCAGUGCAGAGACAUCGGCUAUUUUCUAGAACAAUGUGACGAAAAUAAUUUGCAACAAUUUCCAACUUUUGAUUUUACACUUAUCGGACGAACAAGUCCAGCUACAACAAGAAGAACAACGGCAGCAGUGCCAUUCGUCGCUAUUUUGUCAGCCUGCAAUGAGGACAGUGACUGUCCUGUCGAUGCUUCCUGUAUGGUGCGCUACCCAGACGGAUUACUGUGCAUCUGCAACGAGGGAUACAUAGCGUCUACCAAUUUGGCUGUCUGUGAAAAAGCCACCAAUAUUAACGGCGUGUGUAUGACCGAGUGUGCUGGUUUGUUCACGGUGUGCAACGCUGUGUCUGGCCGGUGCGCGUGUUUGCCGGAGUAUGUAUCAGCUGCGGACAACCAAAACUGCGUUUUGCCGAGAAGAGGACUGUUAGGUGAGGCAUGUGGAGAUGGUUGUGCAUUGGAUACAGAGCAAGAAUGCGUGAACGGGGUUUGCAGGUGUAUGUCAAACUUAAGACGCAUGACAACUGAGGAGAUUCGUGCCUUCAAUAAUCCCCAACGUCAGUGUAUAAGCUGGACGUACACACUAGAUGGAUCAAGUCCACCAACCACAACACCAACAACAAUGGCACCACCAUCAACUAUAACAGCAGCACCUACUGUGUCAACUCCAACACCACAACCUACUACAACGACUACAGCUCCAUUCCGUGCAGUUUUGUCAAGUUGCAGUUCCAAUAACCAGUGUCCUGCUCAGGCUUCCUGCCGUGUUCGUUAUCCUGACGGACUGUUGUGUAUCUGUAACGAAGGAUUUGUGGCGUCCACCAAUUUGGCUGGUUGUGAAAGAGCCGCCUAUAUUAACGACGUGUGUAUAACGCAGUGUGCUGGCUUGUUUAUGGUGUGCAACGCUUUGUUACGCCGGUGCGAAUGUUUACCGGGCUAUGUCAUGGCUGGGGACAACCAAAACUGCGUUUUGCCGAGAAGAGGUCUGCUGGGAGAAGCAUGCGGAGAUGGUUGUGUUUUUGUCACAGAACAAGAAUGUGUGAAUGGGGUUUGCACGUGUAUGUCGAAUUUAAGACGUAUGACAACGGCAGAGAUUCAGGCCUUCAAUAAUCCCCAACGUCAGUGUAUAAGCUGGAUAUACACACUAGAUGGAUCAAGUCCACCAACCACAACAACAAUGGCACCACCACCAACUACAACAGCAGCGCCUACUGUGUCAUCUCCAACACCACAACGUACCACAACCACUAUAGCUCCAUUCCGUGCAGUUUUGUCAAGUUGCAGUUCCAAUAGCCAGUGUCCUGGUCAGGCUUCCUGCCGUGUUCGUUAUCCUGACGGACUAUUGUGUGUCUGUAACGAAGGAUUUGUGGCGUCAACCAAUUUGGCUGGUUGUGAAAGAGCCGCCUAUAUUAACGACGUGUGUAUAACGCAGUGUGCUGGCUUGUUUAUGGUGUGCAACGCUUUGUUACGCCGGUGCGAAUGUUUACCGGGCUAUGUCAUGGCUGGGGACAACCAAAACUGCGUUUUGCCGAGAAGAGGUCUGCUGGGAGAAGCAUGCGGAGAUGGUUGUGUUUUUGUCACAGAACAAGAAUGUGUGAAUGGGGUUUGCACGUGUAUGUCGAAUUUAAGACGUAUGACAACGGCAGAGAUUCAGGCCUUCAAUAAUCCCCAACGUCAGUGUAUAAGCUGGAUAUACACACUAGAUGGAUCAAGUCCACCAACCACAACAACAAUGGCACCACCACCAACUACAACAGCAGCGCCUACUGUGUCAUCUCCAACAGCACAACGUACUACAACCACUAUAGCUCCAUUCCGUGCAGUUUUGUCAAGUUGCAGUUCCAAUAGCCAGUGUCCUGGUCAGGCUUCCUGCCGUGUUCGUUAUCCUGACGGACUAUUGUGUAUCUGUAACGAAGGAUUUGUGGCGUCAACCAAUUUGGCUGGUUGUGAAAGAGCCGCCUAUAUUAACGACGUGUGUAUAACGCAGUGUGCUGGCUUGUUUAUGGUGUGCAACGCUUUGUUACGCCGGUGCGAAUGUUUACCGGGCUAUGUCAUGGCUGGGGACAACCAAAACUGCGUUUUGCCGAGAAGAGGUCUGCUGGGAGAAGCAUGCGGAGAUGGUUGUGUUUUUGUCACAGAACAAGAAUGUGUGAAUGGGGUUUGCACGUGUAUGUCGAAUUUAAGACGUAUGACAACGGCAGAGAUUCAGGCCUUCAAUAAUCCCCAACGUCAGUGUAUAAGCUGGAUAUACACACUAGAUGGAUCAAGUCCACCAACCACAACAACAAUGGCACCACCACCAACUACAACAGCAGCGCCUACUGUGUCAUCUCCAACAGCACAACCUACUACAACCACUAUAGCUCCAUUCCGUGCAGUUUUGUCAAGUUGCAGUUCCAAUAGCCAGUGUCCUGCUCAGGCUUCCUGCCGUGUUCGUUAUCCUGACGGACUAUUGUGUAUCUGUAACGAAGGAUUUGUGGCGUCAACCAAUUUGGCUGGUUGUGAAAGAGCCGCCUAUAUUAACGACGUGUGUAUAACGCAGUGUGCUGGCUUGUUUAUGGUGUGCAGCGCUUUGUCACGCCGGUGCGAAUGUUUAUCGGGCUAUGUCAUGGCUGGGGACAACCAAAACUGCGUUUUGCCGAGAAGAGGUCUGCUGGGAGAGGCAUGCGGAGAUGGUUGUGUUUUUGUCACAGAGCAAGAAUGUGUGAAUGGAGUUUGUACGUGUAUGUCGAAUUUAAGACGUAUGACAACGGCAGAGAUUCAGGCCUUUAACAACCCUCAAAGACAGUGCAUAUCCAGCACUUAUACUCUAGAUGGUUUGCUUUCUACAACGACGGUAGCAACAAUAUUACCUUCUAUACAAACCACGAAGGAGAGUGCAGCUGGAACCAUUAGUGUUACGUUCGCUUGUCAGGUGGAUAGUCAAUGUCCGGACAAUGCCUCUUGUCGUCUUCGAUACCCGACCGCACAGAUAUGCUACUGUGACAGAGACUACGUGUCUUCCACAAAUCUGGCUGCCUGUGAACAGGCCGCCUAUGUAAACGAGAUUUGUAUCACAAGAUGCUAUGGAUGGAAUACAAUGUGUGACGCGAGCACGAAACGAUGCGUUUGUUUGCCUGGUUAUUCUCUGUCCACUGGUGGCAAAAGCUGCGUCCUUCCUGGAAGAGCACUGCUGGAUGAACCCUGCCGAGAUGGGUGCCUCUUUGAAAAGGAACAAAUGUGCGUGGAGGGAACGUGCAGGUGUAGGUCAGGUUUACGACAGAUGACUGACGAAGAAAUACGAGCGUUUAACAACCCAAACCAACAGUGUAUCGAUGAGUCUUUCUCUUUCGCUCUAAUACGGCUAUACUUCUCGUGUUCUUCCGACGGUCAGUGCCCUAUCCACGCCUCGUGUAAGUACCGAUUCCCCGGGGGACAAGUGUGUUAUUGCGACGCCGGAUACGUGUCGUCACUGGAUGGAUUGCGAUGUGAACCCAUCGCUCGCCUGUCCGAAGCCUGCAUCACGCGAUGUGGCGGGUUUUUUACCACCUGUGACUCCAGAACUCGUCUGUGCACGUGUUUACCGGGCUACAUUCCAUCUGCUGAUGGCAUGAACUGUGCGCGCACUGGACUCCCUCUGCUAGGAGAAUUAUGUCUCACGUCAUGUCUCUUGUCGGAUGAACAGCGAUGUGUGAACGGGAGAUGUGAGUGUCUAGAGACAAUGCGACCAGCAACAGACGAGGAAAGACAGGCGUUUAACAACGAGACCUUCCAGUGUCGACCAAUUAGUUACUCUUUAGUCCCCUUGUACAGCCCCUGUUCCUGUGGAUGUCAAUGCCCGAUCAACGCCUCGUGUAAGAGUCGGUACCCUGAUGGAAUGGUCUGUUACUGUGAUGCUGGAUACGUGUCCUCUCUGGAUGGGUCUAGCUGUGAACCAGUUGCUCGCCUGUCCGAAGCCUGCAUCACGCGAUGUGGCGGAUUUUUUACCACCUGUGACUCCAGGACUCGUCUGUGCACGUGUUUACCGGGCUACAUUCCAUCUGCUGAUGGCAUGAACUGUGUGCGCACGGGACUCCCUCUGCUAGGAGGAGUAUGUCUGACGUCAUGCCUCUUGUCGGAUGAACAGCGAUGUGUGAACGGGAGAUGUGAGUGUCUGGAAACCAUGAGGCCAGCAACCAUCGAGGAAAGACAGGCGUUCAGCAACAGAAACUUCCAGUGUCUGCCAACAGGCUACGCCUUGGGAGGCAUUCGCCUUUUCCAGACCUGCACCUAUGACAGUCAGUGCCCUUGUCACGCCUCCUGCCUCGAAAGGAGUACGGACGGAAAGAUCUGCUAUUGUAAUAGCGGUUACAUGGCCUCACAAGAUCAUUAUACCUGCCUUCCAGCGUCGUACUAUGGGCAAGUCUGCGUAUCUAGAUGUGCCGGUCUGUUCAUGACGUGUGACGUGGCAACUCGUAGAUGUGUGUGCAAUACCGGGUAUAGUGUAGCUGCUGACGGCCGGAACUGCGUCAUCUUUGAGUCGGCACUACUGGGAGGCAGCUGCAAGUUCAUAACUCAGUGUUACUUUGCACAGGAGCAGGUCUGCGUGAACGAUACCUGUGUCUGCCGAAGUGGUUUACGACCGUCGACAUUCGAGGAAAUCCGGGCGUUCGACAACGAAAGUCCUCAGUGUCGCUCGGUGUCGUAUGCUCUGAGAACUCUGGCCCUCUUUGCAUCCUGCACAUAUGAUGGACAAUGCCCAACUGGGGCUCAAUGCCUGGAGAGGAGACCGAACGGAAGGAUCUGCUACUGUAGUUUUGGAUACAUGGCUUCACCGGAUGGACUCACGUGCUUACAAGUGGCUUACUACGGCCAGGUUUGCGUGUCUCGAUGUGCAGGACUUUACAUGACAUGCGAUCCAGACACGCAGAGAUGCGUGUGUGUCGCAGGAAGCCAACCGACAACGGACGGGAGAAACUGCGUUCCAGACGGGUUUGCACUUUUGGGGGGAAGCUGUGUUACCAACCGGUGCCUCUUUGGCAGCGAACAAGAAUGUGUAAAUGGAAAAUGUACAUGCAUCAGUGGACUUAGACCAACAUUAGAACAAGAGAUUCGGGCGUUUAACAACGAACUUCCGCAGUGCAGAAUGGAUAACUAUUAUCUGGUAACCACAGCGCUUUUCGCUGCAUGCUCCCAUGACAGUGAGUGCCCCUACCAUGCCUCCUGUCUAGAGAGGCGGCCUGAUGGGAAGAUCUGCUACCCCGACGCCGGAUAUAUGUCCACUGUGGAUGGGCUUUCCUGCAUUAGAGCCGCAUACUACGGACAAAACUGUGUGUCAAAGUGCGCCGGAUUAUUUAUGACCUGUGACGUCACGAGAAGAGUGUGCGUGUGUAACACCGGGUGCAGUCUCGCAGCUGAUGGCAGAAAUUGUGUGCCAGACGGAUCGGCUCUUCUGGGAGGGGUUUGCUUAGUGAAGAGUUGUUAUUACAGAAACGAACAAGAAUGCGUCAGCGGCACCUGUACUUGUCGAAACAGCCUGAGACCAACGACUCCGGAGGAAAUCAGAGCUUUUAACGGUGAAGUGCCGCAGUGCAGAGCUAUUGGUUAUUACUUGACAAUACGACAGUUGUUUACGUCUUGUACCAGUGACGAUCAAUGCCCUCUUCAAGCUUCCUGUCUGGAACGAAGGCCGAAUGGAAGGAUAUGCUACUGCAAUAACGGAUACAUGGCCUCUACUGAUAGGUAUCAGUGCAUACAAGAGGCGUACUACGGGCAGCUGUGUGAAUCUAGAUGUGCCGGGCUAUACAUGCAUUGCGAUACAACCCGAGGCAUAUGUGUCUGUAACGCCGGCUCUAACUUGGCGAACGAUCGUAGAAACUGUGUUCCGGUGGGAUCGGCUCUCCUUGGAGGCAGUUGUAAUGUCAACUCGUGCCUGUUCGCCACGACACAGGUAUGCGUGAAUGGUACGUGUGCAUGCCGUAGCGGGAUGAGGGCUACCACUGAUGAAGAAAUACGUGCCUUCAACAACCAACUACCACAGUGCCGAAUCAACACCUACUAUCUGAGAACCACAGUCCUGUUUACGGCCUGCUCCUAUGACAGCCAAUGCCCUUACCAUGCCUCAUGCUUAGAGAGAAGAUCCGAUGGCAAGAUCUGCUAUCCUGACCCCGGUUAUAUUUCCUCGUUGGACGGGCUUAGCUCCAUCAGGGCUGCCUAUUUCGGACAGAACUGUGUGAGUAGGUGUGCCGGACUAUUUAUGACUUGUCAUGCUGUUACCCUGAGAUGUGUCUGCAACUCCGGAUGUAGCUUAGCAGCGGACGGCAGAAACUGUGUGCCCGAUGGUUCUGCAUUGCUUGGAGGUAGCUGCUCUGUCAACACUUGUCUAUAUAGGGACAGGCAGGAAUGCGUGAACGGAAGGUGCACAUGUAAAGCUGGGCUGAGGGCAACAACACUGGAAGAAAUCCGAGCCUUCAACAACGAGCUACCCCAGUGCAGACCCAGUAGUUACUAUCUAAGGAGCACCAGACUGUUUCGUCUUGCUUAUCGAACGCUGAAUGUCCCGAUGGUGCAUCCUGUCUGGAAAGACGUCCUAAUGGAAAGAUCUGUUAUUGUAACGCUGGACUGAUGGCGUCUCCAGGCAACCUCACCUGUGUAUCUGCGGCCUAUUUCGGACAGGAUUGCACAUCCGACUGCGCAGGUCUGUACCUCUCGUGCAGCGCGGAGACCAUGAAAUGUGUUUGCAGCGAAGGAAGUCACUUAUCCUUUGAUCGUAAAAACUGUGUCCCUAAUGGCUUCGCUUUGCUAGGAGGAAGUUGUGCCACCAACAGAUGUAUUUACGACAGCGAGCAGGACUGUGUACAGCAAGUCUGUACUUGCAAGACUGGACUGAGACGUACGCGUGAAGACGAAGUACAGGCGUUUAAUAGCCCUUUACCGCAAUGUAGAUCAACUUCCUAUUACUUAGGAACAAUUGCCCUGUUCUUACCGUGCAUCCAUGACGAACAGUGCCCUAGGCACGCCUCUUGUUUGGAGAGGAGACCAGAUGGAAGGAUUUGUUACUGUAACAGUGGAUAUAUAGCAUCUCAGGACAGCUUGAGUUGUAUAGCUGCUGCGUACUACGGCGACUUCUGCAUGUCCCGGUGUGCCGGACUCUAUAUGACUUGUAAUUCGACUACACAGACAUGCGUGUGUAACUCGGGCUGCCGCCUAGCGGCGGACGGGAAAAACUGCGUACCUGACGGUUCGGCUUUACUUGGAGGAAGCUGUCUGGAAGCUUCUUGUAACUACGCCGAAGAGCAGAUUUGUGUGAAUGGCGUCUGCACGUGCAGAAACGGAUCAAGGCCUACCACCAGAGAAGAAAGAAGGGCAUUCAACACGGAAAGUCCUCAGUGUACCAAAAGCUCUUACUU